UUACGACAACCGUUUACUAUCCAAUCAAGGUGACAGCCGAGCGUGAGGGUAUCUGAGCCUGUCUUACACAAGUUUAAAUACAGGGUACAGUUAGCGUUGCGUAAUUGGACCUAAACGAAUAAAAGGUCACUAACCUGUUCAAAUCAUGGAAUUAUAUCCGUUAUAAUUCCCUGUUCAAAUCAUAGUGAACUGGGUCAAAUACAGGAAGGGACUCUCUCCUACAUGACACCGGCAAGGCACUCCUCGUGAUUCCAUGUUCGACCAAAUUGCAAAGUAACAGCGCCUUGUUCUUUGUAACUAUACACUUGUUUAAAAUGUACCACGGAUGGUUGGUUGUGCUGCUAACAUCUCUACUAUUUCUUGCCUUUAAUGGCAUCAAGAUGAGUUGGGGCGUUUUUGUGACCACUUUUAGUAAAGAUACUGUGUUGGGAUCCUCGUCUCAAGCAACCCUAGGUGUUAUCCAAUCAGUCUUUUUCCUAUGCUGCAGCGCCACAAGCUUUAUAGGAAAGAUCACAUCAAAUCACAGCGGCUACAAGAUUUCAGCGCUUGUGGGGACGUUGUUGGUCGUAUUAGGAUUAAGCCUAUCUGCAAUUGCCCCCAGUGCUACAUACCUUAUAUUCUCCAAUGGCGUUCUAUACGGCCUCGGGAUGAACAUCCUUGUAUCGCCAUUAUUCUUUAUCGUAGCCGACUGGUUUCCAUGGGAACAUAGAUACCACGUGAUGUGCACUAGCUGGGCCAUGGUUACCAUGCCCCUAGGCACCGUCGUCUUCGGAAACUUAAUACAAUGGUUACACCAAUCUAUAGGAUGGAGAUACGGGUAUCUGGUUCUAGCGACCUUUUACGCGCUGUGGGCCACCGUAUCAAUCCACACGUUAUAUAAGCCAACUAAAGAGGUGUUACAAGAAGCGAUACAGCCAGAGUAUCUCAUUUGUCCAAAGCAGGAAGUCUCGCCCUCUGUUGAGAUAAAAUGGAGUAAGCAGAUUCGCGUUGUUGUCAUGGUGAUGUGGUUUGUCAUCUACCUGAGCAAGGGUAUAUGCCAAACAAUUUCCUAUGCAAUUUUGGUAAGGCAAGUGGAGGAUUUAGGAUACACGUCAGCAGAUGGCGCUCACUGUUUGACUGCGGACGGCGUGGCGGGAUUUUUGAGUCGUCUGCUCGUGUCUGCACUGGGAGACCGUGUGAAAGGAAAUAUUCUCUACAUCUACGUAAUUUGCGCUGGUUUACUCAUGAUUAAUAACAUACUAGUUCCAUAUUUUACAACAUUGACGGGGAUGUUUAUAUUCAGUACUGUCUUAGGGCUUGGUCAAGGGCCCAUCAUAGCAGCUUGGUAUGCUUCCUGUGGUGAAGCACUCAGUGGACAGGAUGUACAGACUCUGUUUGUUAUAUUGCGGUCUGGCAUGGGACUGGGAGCGGCUAUUGGCCCCUUUCUAUCGGGUGUUAUUUAUGAUAUUAGUGGAUCAUACAAGCCAGCGUUUUUAACCAUGGCUGCGCUAUACUUGGUCAAUGCACUCCUGACUGCAUCCAUCAUCCUUAUCAACAGUGUACAUAAAAAGUUAGCCAAGGUCGGAUCUGUGUGUCAGUAUUAG